AUGUUAGACUAUGAACUUCUCACCCAGUAUACUGAAGAUGCCUAUGCUAAAGCAGACCGAAUCUGCGACUGUCCGUCUUGCCAGGCUACUAUCAGGACCGGAGAGCCAUGUUUCUACAUUGCGACAAUCAAGCCAGGUCAACGCAGGCGUUAUGUGUGUGCAUCCCGCCACACGCAUUACGGGAAGAAACGAGCCACUUCUGUGAGACCUACUGGUGGCCGAACCUCGCAAUACCGCAUCCCUCCCGAUCCAUGUACUAUACAGCAGUCUGUCAAUGCUGCGCAACAUAAAUCUACACCUAAUCUGCCUCCUGUAGUUGCCGUACCUGGCAGCUCUCACGCUAGAGGGCCAGAUGUCAGAAUUCCAACGUCAUGGCAAGGUUCAUCGUCGGUAACUCCAUUUAUGGGUGCCAUCGGGUAUUCAUCGCAACAUGCCCUCUACGCUGCUGAGCGUGACCGCUGGGGUAAAAUUGUGUAUUCUUCGUCUCUAGCAGAGACCAUUAUGCUCGAAAUUACGGCAGUUCAUGAAGGUGCUGGAGCUCGCAAAAAAUGUGGAGUUACUAUCGGAAAUAUAUGUGAAGGUAAGAAGGACAUUGAUGCGCAAAUUGAUGCGCCUAGGCUCAUUAAGCUAGCAUUGGAGACUGUCAUCCCAAAGUUACACAAAUUUGGCAGAGAAUUUAUCUGGUGUGUCGAGGAGUUCGUAAUCCGGGAUGCCGCAUGGGUGGACCUAUCCGGUCACCCACGAUCAGUUCCUUAUUUCUACGACCAAUGCCUACAACCAUCUCGCAAAGGCAACAAAUCAAUUUUCAAGUCUAAACAAUUCGCACUGAUGGUUGUUGUCCCAGAGGUUCAGUGGAGUGAAUAUGAAAAUUGGCUGGAACUUCGUGCUGAAAUGCAAGCAAAAGCUACCCGAACGAGCCAGUCUAGUGAACAUGCCGCUGCUGACACAGCCGUCAGCCGCAAUGUUCCCUCAUCCGAGUCAGCAACAACUUCACUCGCUGAGAAUGAGCUUAAUGCACUUUUCUUACCCUCUACGACCACCAACAAUUCUGUGACGGUCUCUACCAAGAGAACCCACCAGCGUGGUCUCAGUGAUACUUCCUCUCUGCCUCGAAAGAAGAACAUCCCUCCUGCAGCUCUCUGUUCACCGGAUCGGGAUCGACUGAAAGAAGUCUUGAAGAUCGCAGGAAGUGCCAACUUAAAUGUCAAGAAAGUUUUUGGACUACAGAACGAAAACAUUCAAUUCCGCCACAUCCCUACCCGUGCCAUUACCGAUCUCUUGCAAAACGCACAAUAUCAUUCGUUUUCGGUGGACACAGCCAAGUCAUCCAUUGGACAGCUCACUAUUGAUACAUCGACGGAAGGCUUCAUUGGAAUCGGGGGCUUCAAGACCGCGCAUGCCGGAUGGCUCACACUCACAGCUUCUCCCAGGACCAGUCUCGGAUCAGUCCCUCAUCAUAAGGUUGUGGUCAAACGUCCGUUCUAUAAAGUAUUUCCAACUGCUAUGAAGGCUGGACCUUAUAAAGUCGGCUGGUUUGCACUCGCUGACGAGCUACCCAAGCUAUUCAGGGAAGCCAACGUCUUAUAUUGGUCCAAAUCUUUGUUACAGCUCACGUACGACUUUAUUGAUCGUUCCAUCGCAUCUUCACCCAAACCCCCGCCAUUCAUGGUCCCACGUGUUCAAUUUGUGGAAGCCGGCCUUGCAUUGUGCUACAGUCAGGGUGGUAGCAAGUCUGGAGCGAAGACGGGGUCAAUGCGAGCUGCCUUCCUCCUCGAGGAGCUCAUUGAGGGUGGUGAUGAUAUGUUUCUCAAGUUCAUCCACAAUAUGGAUGCCAAUCCAUUGCUCGAUGAAUUGGACUACGGCUAUGACAUGGCAGAAUUUUUUGCUUUCACGCAGCAUGUCCAGUACGUCAAGACCGGCCAACUUGUGUUCAUAUCCGACUAUCAGGGGAGUACAGUACUACUCACGGAUCCUCAAAUCAUGACUGAUCUGUCGGUCAGCGAUGAGCUUGAUAUUUUUGGCGAUGGAAAUAUUGCAGAGUCCGUCAGCAAUUUCAAAACCCAGCAUGCCUGUAAUAAGUACUGCGAAUGGCCUGGUUUUGGGCUGAAAGCAUUUGUAAAGGAAGUGAAUGACGAGAAUAACAAGGACGUGAAUGACAAUGAAGUAGAAGUUCUGUAG